AGAAAAAUAGGGGUAUCGUUUCUGUACCUAAAGGUACAUUUGCCAUGAAAGUACCCUGUAAGGUACAGGAAAUGGUCCUUAAGGUGACAACUGUGAACCUUUGUUUUAAUUUAAAGGUACAAAAUUAGUUCUGACAGCAAAGGGUACAUAAUUGUACUUUUAACAAGCUUAAGGUACAUUAUGCAGCAAAUCAGAGAUCACAAAAUCAUAAUUUAAAAGCCAUUGGCUCGUCUAUUCAGAAGGCGGGAUAUCUUCUUUGCACGUUGCACAGUGAGUACACAUUCUUUCUCACUUGCGUGCGUGAAAUGAGCGAAAAUGUCGGUUAAUUGUCCAUCCCUGUCGAGUUUUUCCACGGAUGAACUAAUUCUGAAAAUAAUUGAAGCUGGAAUACAGAUUAACGAAGAAGAGGCAAGGAAAUUCAGGGAAAAUGACGUAGAUGGAGAAACAGUGGAUUGUGGACUCACUGAAGCAAUGGUUGGCUAUCUGUUUGAUGGUUCCUUCAAAAAGCAACUAAAAUUUCAACAGUUUGUACGCCAUUACAAGGAGAAUGAGACCAUUGUUGUAUUGGAGCCAGUACCAGUUAAAGUCGCUCAGUCUACGGCAGAUCUCCAGCCUCAUCCUUCCACUGAUCCAAGUGUUGAAGCAGCUCACAGGGGACUACCUAUUGUGACUGUCAUUCCAACCUUUCCCAAAGAUGUCCAGGCGAGACUUGACAUCAAGGAACCAUGUCACACAGUGCCAAAAGUACGCAACAAAAUAAUAAGAACGCUGUAUGAAAUGAUGGCAGAAUACACUUUAUAUCCAACUAAUGCAGAGUAUAUUCAAGUUGCCAAGGCACUGAUAGUGAAAUACCCUUUCCUGAGGGAUAAGGAGGGAAAUGGCUAUCACACCUGGCACAUGUCUUUAAAGCGAAAAUUUAAAGCAGAACGUGCACCACUUGUCAGCGACAGUGAAGUAAGAAAGCUCAAGGAGAAGUUUGGCCAUACAAAGCAGUCCAGAUCCACCAGUGCAUCUGCGAGCUCGUGUCGAAAGCCAGCUAGGGAAACUUGUGUUGGGGAGGAUUCAACGUCUGUUGAGGUCCAUGUGAACGUUCUACAAAGUGAGUAUCAGAAGAAACAUCCAGACAUCUCGACUGUCAAAGACCGCAUGGCACGAACGUUCUCCUGGAGACGUCGAGAAAUCAUGGAAGGAAUGUCUGUGGAGGAUGUAGUCAAAAAGUACCCAUACUUAAGAACGCCUAAUGGAUUUUUUGAUGAGAUUGACCGAAUCCAUCCCUCACCAAGCAGCUUCUGUCAUCGCUUCAGAGAGGGCUUCGCUAGAGUUCUGCCAAAUGUGCUGAAACUUGCCACAGCAAAAUCCCCCCUAGCAAAACAGUACACUGAAACAAGACAGGAUGCCCUGGCUGAAGAUCUACCAGGAAUUGACUUAAGGGCUGGGCUUAUCUUCUUGCCAUUCAUCUUCAGAGAAAAGAUUGAACACUACAUUACUAUGAAAGAGGAGGACCCUGCUACCCCCUUUCCAACCAUUCAACUGAUGGAGAAUGACUGGAAGAUGGCAAUCAUUGGAAGAGGGCACAGCGUGGUGAAGGUGGAUGGCAUGGUUGUGUGCCAGUGCACCAGCCUAGACGAGGCCUUCAUGACUGCCUUCUGUAUGUAUUUUACUUUUAACAUCACAUAUCCACCACACCUGAAGAACACUCUCACUUUUCUUCAGAGGAGCAUUGUCAACAUCGUGGAGGAGGGAGACAAGCCACUGCCAGUCACUUUACUAAGGAUGAUAAACCUUUUAUAUUAA